UUCAUUUUGUGUUAUACAACAAUAAAAAAAAUGGAUUUCCAGUGGCGUCAUUUAGGAGGUCGUAUCUUCGUUGAGAGGGCCGCUGGGAAAAAAAAAUUAUGGGAACUUGUCAUCUUAUUUUUUCAAGUUCUAUCUGAAUCCGAAAGAUUUCCCACAUUUUCCGGGACACCCUGUAUAAACAACUGAUUUAGAGAGUUGGGAAAUCCUUAUCUGUGAGCCAAUAGCUGCAUAUUUUUGGGCCAAAAUCCCAAACGAGAGACGACUAUAUUCUGGAGCGAAUAUAUAACUGGAGCGUACCUAGCGAAUACUUCCAACCCGGAAGCCAGAUGAGAAAUAUGAAAAGCUUCAGAAAUUCGAGACCUUCGACGUUGAAAAAACGCAAAUGAAAAAAACAGUCAGUUGACGGUUUGAAAAAAGUGAGGUUAGCACCCAUCACAGAUAGGGGUGCACUGGCGGAUCCAGGGCGAGGGCACAUCCCUCACACAGACAACCUUCAGUCGUUUCAAACAAUAGCUGCGACAGUCUGAACACAGUUUUGUGGUUAAAGAGUGGUACUUGUGAGUAAGGGCGACUGACACUUGUCCGGGGACCUACCAGAACGAAAAAUAUCAAAUCAAUACCUGACUGACCAACUAUCUGUUUCUCGGGCACCUUUUCGGAAAUUGCCCCUGCAGGGGUGGGUAGUACCGAUUCAACUGAUCAAUAGUAGCUGUAUUCGGGUUCGAAUGGCGGACAGUCCGAGAAUUGUUCUAGAUCUGCGCAGUUGCAGCCUAGGAUCGAAUCCUAGGAUCGAAUCCUAGGAUUGUUCGAGGAUGGUUCUCAUUUCAUGAAAAUCCGAACGCGAUAUAAACGUUAUUAAAAUAUCCCAGAUCAGUUCUCAGGUACUGAAUUUGGAUAGUUCUAGGAUCGUCCCAGGAUGAUUCUGACAAAACCCGAACACGAAGAAGUUAGUCCAAGAACAGUCCAAAAAAAAACCCGAACAAGUACAUUCUAAUGCGCAAACUCCUGAUAGUUCUAGAACGGUUCUUGUUCGAACCCGAAUACAGCUAGUGAAGUUUGGUGUUCUUGACCUGAGUAAAUUAUUUUUAUUGUUUCUUUAAGGCAAAUCGAGUUAAGUAGAUCUCCUGCUUGGUACCACGAUCGAUCGACAAUCGAGUCGACAAUCUAUCGACAACUUAUCGAUGUCGGAUUCCAUAAGGCGUUAUCGACAAUCUAAUUACACCCGACUGUUUUCCUGUUAACAAGAUGUUUUACAGGGAUACUGAUCAUCUGUGGUACAAAUUUUCAACUAUUCGACUUGAAGAUAAGUUUCUUGCAAAUUUACGACGUCAAAUCGUAAACAAAAAUUUUGUUGUGCCAAUGGGUCGGACAAAUGAACAUCUACAUGAUACAGGAAAUGGCUCAAAUCCACCGAAUUCCCUUUUUCUGCCUCGAAGGUCAUCAAGAACAAUGAACCCUUGUAGACAAGAAAUGGGUACUGCCAACCCGGAAGACCAUCUACCAUCUACAUCUACAUCGCAUCCUUUCCACGAAAGUGACACUACGGGUCACGUAUUCGAUACAUUUUUGGUACGGUACAGGCAUUCUACAUUUUCUGAACGGCAAGUAUAAUCUAACAGUCUCUUCAAUAACAUAUUUUUUAUAAACGUGUU